UGGGCCUUCACUCACACCCUUUCCAUGGCAUCUGUACCUCGCCCACCUGGACAGAGGGUCCCGGGGCCCAGCACGUGUCGCGAGGAGAAGGAGGAGGAGCUCACCCGCGAGCGCCCCUCGCCCCGGAGAUCCUGCUGGCCCCGCCCCCUCCUGCCACGGACGGCAGAGCCAGCCCUAGCCCCGCCCACAGCGGCAGCCAGCCCAAGCCCCGCCCUCGGGUCCUCGCGCGAGGUCCCCCACGGGGCUGUCCGCGGCUGCACCGGACUUGUUCAGCCCUGUGGCCCGUCCGGACGGUCUCCCACCCCGGGCUGCGCUGCGGCACGGCCAUCUGGCCUCGGGAAUCCAGCCACGGGCCGAGGCGCGCCGUGUGACGAGGAGCAGUCGCGGCAGGCGGUGGGGAGGGCUGCCCGGACGAGGCGCUCCUGGGGCUCCACCAUGGCGGCGGCGGUGCGCGCGGCGGGCGGCCUGCCUACACUGUGCGGCGCCGCGACAGGUCAUUUAUGGUCCAGGAAGCUUUAUCUAAACACCUUUCCAACAGCUUCCACUUUGGCAUUGAAGACUGUUCUCAGCAAUGAUGGCCCUUUGUCAUCUCCAGGAACCAGGGACAACCGUCAUUUCAGCAGCUUGAGCCAUGCGCUACAGACACACUGCUGGAUUUCUUCGCCCAGCAACUCGGUGUGCCACCAGUACAGACCCUACAGUUUCUUCACGAAAUUGACAGCAGACGAGCUCUGGAAAGGUGCUUUAGCAGAGACUGGAGCUGGAGCAAGAAAAGGGAGAGGCAAGAGAACGAAGAAGAAGAAAAGGAAGGAUUUGAACAGGGGGCAGAUCAUUGGUGAAGGGCACAGUGGCUUCCUAUGGCCUGGUUUGAAUGUCCCUCUCAUGAGAGAUGGAGCGGUGCAGACCAUUGCCCAGAGAAGCAAGGAGGAGCAGGAAAAGGUGAAGGCUGACAUGAUCCAGCAGAGGGAAGAGUGGGACCGGAAAAGGAAGAUGAAGGUUAAGCGCGAGCGAGGCUGGAGCGGAAGCACGUGGGGAGGUGUCAGUCUCGGCCCCCCCGACCCCGGUCCCAAUGGAGAGACCUAUGAGGACUUUGACACCAGGAUACUCGAGGUCAGAAAUGUUUUCAAUAUGACAGCCAAAGAGGGAAGAAAGAGAUCGGUCCGUGUCCUGGUCGCCGUGGGGAAUGGCAAAGGAGCCGCAGGUUUUGCCAUUGGGAAAGCCACUGAACGGAUGGACGCUUUCAGAAAAGCAAAGAACAGAGCAGUUCACUAUUUGCAUUAUAUAGAACGAUAUGAAGGCCAUACAAUAUUCCAUGACAUCUCUUUAACAUUUAAAAGGACACAUAUCAAGAUGAAGAAACAACCCAGAGGUUAUGGCCUGCGCUGUCACCGGGCCAUCAUCACCAUUUGCCGUCUCAUCGGCAUCAGAGACAUGUACGCCAAGGUGUCCGGGUCCCUGAACAUGCUCAACCUCACCCGCGGCCUCUUCCACGGGCUGGCUCGCCAGGAAACCCACCAGCAGCUGGCUGAUAAGAAGAGUCUCCACGUUGUAGAGUUCCGGGACGAGUGUGGCCCUCUGCCCAUCGUAGCCGCCUCGCCCAGGGGGGGCCUGAGGAAGGAUCCAGAGCCUGAGGAUGACGUUCCGGACGUCAAACUGGACUGGGAGGAGGUGAAGGCCGCCCAGGGAAUGAAGCGCUCCGUGUGGUCAGGUUUAAAGAGAGCCGCCACCUGACCUUCCCUCGGCCUCGUCCACGCGCUGUCGCCGUCAUGGAAGACCUCGUUGUUCAUGUGGCACUGGAGGAGGAGUGGGAGGACUUACCCUGCGCGUGGAGGAACUAACUCUGUACUAGACCUAGCUCUGGGCCCAACUCACAGGCCUUAAAGCAAGACCCAACCAGAACACAGCUGUUUGCAAGUAACUGUGGUCGAGAACAAAGCUCAAGAAUAAUUGUAAAAAUACAAAAAUUGUCUAACAGCUGGUGAGGUACAAUUCACAGUGCCUGGCUUCUGAUAAAAAAUCACCGGGAUGCAAAGAAUCAUGACAAUAAAACUCAUAACUAAAGGAAACCAGCCAACUGAAACCGAUGU